UUUUCUUUUUAUAAAGAAUGUCUUGUUGCGCCGUUUUGCUAGCUGAACAUUUCCUCGUCGUGUGGUGAGCGCUUCCUCUAAUUCAACCUUUGUCUUUUGUCUUUGCUGCCUUGCAGGGCUGGCACAGUAGGCUUCACUAGACUUAGCUGCAACUCAGAAUUCUCCUCCCGCACCUGGGCAAAUGCUGACGGUCUGUGAGAGUGGAUUAAGAGUACGCGCUAAGUUCUCAAUCCCAAUUAAGAAGCGGAGGAAAAUUUAAACUGUCUCCUUCCGAGUUUAUCACACCACCACCAUCAAGACAGCAAACCAAAGGACAAAGACUGCCUGCUCUGUGGCUCUAGUCCAGCUCCCGUACGGCUACAGCCCUGGCUGGGUUACUAAUGCGUAAAUAACAAGUCGGACACUUGCGUUGUUGGACACCGUUAUUCACAGAGUGACCAACAUGCGGGCUGUGCUGGAGACGGCAGACAUUGCCGUAGUGGCCCUCUACUUUGUCCUGGUCCUGGGCAUUGGCUUCUUUGCCAUGUGGAAGUCUAACAGGAGCACCGUGAGCGGAUACUUCCUGGCCGGGCGCUCGAUGACCUGGGUAGCGAUUGGGGCCUCUCUGUUUGUGAGCAACAUUGGGAGUGAGCACUUCAUUGGGCUGGCGGGAUCUGGAGCGGCCAGUGGAUUUGCAGUCGGUGCGUGGGAGUUCAAUGCCUUACUGCUGCUGCAGCUUCUGGGAUGGGUUUUCGUCCCGAUUUACAUCCGGUCGGGGGUGUACACCAUGCCUGAGUACUUGUCCAAGCGCUUUGGUGGCCAUAGGAUUCAGGUCUAUUUUGCAGCCUUGUCUCUGAUUCUCUAUAUCUUCACCAAGCUCUCAGUGGAUCUGUAUUCAGGCGCCCUCUUUAUCCAAGAGUCUUUGGGUUGGAACCUUUAUGUGUCUGUCAUCCUGCUCAUUGGCAUGACUGCCUUGCUGACUGUCACCGGAGGUCUUGUUGCGGUGAUCUACACAGACACUCUCCAGGCGCUGCUCAUGAUCGUGGGGGCCCUCACGCUUAUGGUUUUUAGCAUGAUGGAGGUUGGCGGGUUUGAGGAAGUUAAGAGGAGGUACAUGUUGGCCUCACCCAAUGUCACUUCCAUCUUGUUGACAUACAACCUUUCCAACACCAAUUCUUGUAAAGUCCACCCUAAGAAAAAUGCACUGAAAAUGUUGCGGAGUGCGACAGAUGAAGAUGUGCCUUGGCCUGGAUUUCUUCUCGGGCAGACCCCAGCCUCCGUGUGGUACUGGUGCGCCGACCAGGUCAUCGUGCAGCGGGUACUGGCAGCUAAAAACAUUUCACACGCCAAAGGCUCCACUCUGAUGGCUGGCUUCUUGAAGCUUCUGCCCAUGUUCAUCAUUGUGGUCCCGGGCAUGAUCUCCAGGAUACUGUUCGCGGAUGACAUAGCUUGCAUCAACCCAGAGCACUGCAUGCAGGUGUGCGGCAGCAGAGCCGGCUGCUCUAACAUCGCGUACCCGCGCCUGGUCAUGAAGCUGGUCCCCGUGGGCCUCCGGGGCCUGAUGAUGGCGGUGAUGAUCGCGGCUCUGAUGAGUGACUUGGACUCGAUCUUUAACAGCGCCAGCACCAUAUUCACCCUGGAUGUGUACAAACUUAUCCGCAAGAAUGCCAGCUCCCGGGAACUCAUGAUCGUGGGGAGGGUAUUUGUGGCUUUCAUGGUGGUGAUCAGCAUCGCGUGGGUGCCAAUCAUCGUGGAGAUGCAAGGAGGCCAGAUGUACCUUUACAUUCAGGAGGUGGCAGAUUACCUGACGCCCCCCGUGGCGGCCCUGUUCCUUCUGGCAAUUUUCUGGAAGCGCUGCAAUGAGCAAGGGGCUUUCUAUGGUGGAGUGGCUGGCUUUGUUCUCGGAGCAGUGCGCUUAAUACUAGCCUUCACCUACCGGGUCCCGGAAUGUGACCAGCCCGAUAACAGGCCUGGCUUCAUCAAAGACAUUCAUUACAUGUACGUGGCCACCGCGUUGUUUUGGGUCACUGGACUCAUUACUGUAAUUGUUAGCCUCCUCACGGCACCACCCACGAAGGAACAAAUCCGUACCACCACCUUUUGGUCUAAGAAGAGCGUGGUGGUGGAGGAGAGCUGCUCCCCGAAAGAUGAACCAUACAAAAUGCAGGAGAAGAGCAUCCUAAGAUGCAGUGAGAACAGUGAGCCCAUCAACCAUAUUAUUCCCAAUGGGAAGUCUGAAGACAGCAUUAAGGGCCUUCAGCCUGAAGAUGUUAACCUCUUGGGGACCUGCAGGGAGGAGGGCAACCCCGCAGCUUCCUUAGGUCAUUCAGAGGCAGAAACACCAGUAGACGCUUAUUCCAAUGGGCAGGCAGCACUUAUGGGUGAAAAAGAGAGAAAGAAAGAAGCAGAGGAUGGAGGCCGCUGCUGCAAGUUAAUAGAUUGGUUCUGUGGCUUUAAAAGUAAGAGCCUCAGCAAGAGGAGUCUCAGAGACCUGAUGGAGGAGGAGGCGGUCUGUUUACAGAUGCUGGAAGAGCCUCCACAUAUUAAACUAAUACUGGAUAUUGGACUUUUUGCUGUGUGUUCACUUGGAAUUUUCAUGUUUGUUUAUUUUUCCUUAUGAACUUUUAAGGAUAUGGUGAGACAGUAACUUAAGAAAAUACUGGUCUUUGGAAAAAAAACCUUACAUAACUGUUGCAUCUUUCAGGCAUUGUUUACGCUGUAGGUUUUAGCCAAAUUUUACUCAGCAGAACAUCAUCUAUUUGCAAGACUUUAUUUUCCCAGAGACGGCUGAAAGUAAACUUUCAACGUAAAUGAAGCAAAGCUUGUUUAAUAGACUGAAUUGUGCAAAUAUGGUUUAAAAUUUUUCAUACCAAAGUAAGACCAAUUAUUCUCACAGAACACAUAGAGCAGAUAUAAGCUGUCACGAGAAAGUGAACUGUCUGCACUGCCAGGUCCUGGUAGAUUUUAGCCUGAAGUAGAAGACUUGCUCAUUUCAGAGUUUUUUCCUGUCUCUAAUCCCUCCUACUAUUAAAAAAAAAAUUUGCACUUGUAGAGAUUGUAUAAUCAGUUCUGUACUGAAAAUCUAACUUACGUGCUAGUGAGGUUCUUGUUCCAGGACAAGUUAGUUAGUGGCCGGGUUCAUUUGGUUAGCAUGAGCCUGUGGAUUCUGAUUGCCAAAAGAGAGGAAGACCAUCUUUCUGUAGCUGUUCUUGUUCCACCACUGUAUGCCGUGCUGGGGGAAGGUUUGUUCAGUUCCUUUUUUCCCCACUUUGACUUUUAGUGACCCAUGCUCAAAUGACCACCAAGCCUGUCUGUGUGAAGUUCUAGGCCAUCACUGUAUUUUUAAGUGGUUAUGGGGGGAGAUGAAGUAAACGUUGCUGAUGACCUCCA